AUUUCGACCGUGCAAGCGUAAAUAACAUAUUAUGUCUUAAUGAAAGCCGCCACUAGCUUGUAUUUUACGAUGGCGGAAUCGCAGGUUGUUAACAUAGUUAACGAAAUAUUGAGAGUAGAGGCAGUUGAAGAAGCCUUCAGUUGCUUCUUGGUUUACAAGCCCGACCAGGAGAAUGAGAGGUUAGCAACCUACCAGAAGAAACUAUGUGCAGUGAUGACUACAAUCAGUGCAGAUGUGCAGGAGUCCGCCAUCAGGCAGUACCUCACGCUGACCGCGGUUCUCACCAACAGGCACAAAAUGAAGCAACUUCUGACACUCAUGGAAAAUUUAGUUAACACAAAUAUCAUACAGGCCCGGAUGCUAUGUGACUGCAUACUGACCAGUGAAAAACUUUGUUAUAAUAAUGCAGAUUACUGGAUCGAAUGUUUCAAUUUAAUCAGAAGAAUUAUAGGUGGUGUGGAUUACAAAGGCGUCAGGGAGAUCAUGAAGGGCUGCAGAGAAAAGGCACACACAUUACCUGUGCGAUUAAAUUCUUCAACAAUGCCUCAGAUGAAGGCCCUGUAUAAUGUUAUAGAGUACAUAUUUGACCGUAACGCGUCCUUGCUGCCCGCUUACUUUAUUGUCACGGAAAUACAGAAAGAUUACCCUGACAAUAAUCACUGGCCACAUUGGCAACUUGCAAAGCUGCUGACAAGCUUCGUCCAAAGCUUCAAGCCGUGUGCACAAAUGGUGUCAAUUAUUGGGCACUCUCAUAUGUUGCCGGUGGUUGAGUACUCGGGCUACGCAGACCACUUAGUCAACCCAUGGCGCCUGGAUCCAACCACAUUAAAAUUCUCUCUCAAAGGAAGUUUGCCGUAUGACGACAAACUGUUGAAGCCACAAAUAGGCCUGCUGAGACACGUUUUGCAGCAGCCGUAUUCCAGAGACAUGGUGUGUUCCAUGCUGGGAUUGCAAAAGCAGCAUAAGCAGCGUUGCAUCGCUCUGGAAGACCAACUAGCAGAGCUCAUGAUACUAGCCAUGGAAAAGAGUGAACAGGAGAACGAAGACGACGAAAUGUCGUCAACACACUGGUGCUGGUUACACCUAUCAUCACAAGUUAUUUAUUUAAUACUUUUUCAAUUUGCCUCAUUCCCUAAUAUAGUGAUGGGGCUUCACAACAAAUUGAUUGGUCAUGAUAUGAGGAAGGGCAGAGAUCAUUUAAUGUGGGUGCUCCUUCAGUUUAUCUCGGGGAGUAUACAAAGGAAUCCACUGUCAAACUUUUUACCUAUAAUAAAGCUUCAUGAAUUAUUGUAUCCGGAGAAGGAGCCCCUGCCGGUCCCCGAUUGUACGAGGGCCCACUGCACGCAUCAAAUGGCGGUGGUGUGCAUUUGGAUGCACUUGUUGAAAAAAGCGGAGUCGGAACAUAAAACAAUGCCUAUGCCACAAAACCUAAAGGUACAAUAUGAUUUCCUUCAGCACUUCAUGACAUCGAACAACACGCCAAACCUCAUGGGCUCAGACUACCGCAUAGCUUUGCUCUGUAACGCGUAUUCAACCAACCAAGAAUACUACGCGCGGCCCAUGGGCAUCAUUAUAGAAACGCUCUUCGGCAGUCAGAAAGCUUUAUCUAACGGGAAUCCUGGGACACCAUUGCCUACAGUGCCACUGUCGAUGUGCAUACUUGACAGUCUGACGUUGCACUGCAAAAUGUCUCUGAUACAUUCUAUAGUGACGCACGUAGCGAAACUGGCGCAGAACAAGACCAGUAUACCCGGGAGCAGUAUGAUGGCGCCGGCGCUCGUAGAAACAUACAGCCGCUUGCUGGUCUACACUGAGAUCGAGUCGCUUGGAAUCAAAGGUUUCGUUAUCCAACUCCUCCCGAACGUGUUCAAGUCGCAAGCGUGGGGCAUCCUCCACAACCUGCUGGACAUGUUCUCGUACCGCAUCCACCACAUCCAGCCGCACUACAGGGUGACGCUGCUCUCCAACAUACACUCGCUGGCCGCGUACCCGCAGGCCAACCAGACGCAACUGCAGCUCUGUUUCGAAAGCACCGCGCUACGACUGAUCACAAGUCUGGGCAGUUCAGGCGUGCAACUACAGAUGUCGCGAGUAGUGUCCGAGCCGAAGUCACUCGUGUCACAGGAUAACGAGGAGCUUAAUCGGGUGCUGGUGCUCACGCUUGCGAGGGGCAUCUACAUGAGCGGCACAGCCAACGACGGAGCGUCAGUGAAAGAGUUACUCUCCACUAUAAUGACGAACACGCCGCACAUGUGGUCUCAGCACACGUUGCAGUGCUUCCCGCCGGUGCUGGUCGACUUCUUCUCACAGAACCCAGCACCCAAGGAGAACAAGCAAGUGCUAAAGAAGUCCGUGGAGGAGGAGUAUCGCAAAUGGACGUCGAUGGCCAACGACAACGACAUAAUAUCGCACUUCUCCGUGCCGGGCACGCCCCUGUUCCUCUGUCUGCUGUGGAAGAUGAUCUUCGACACGAAUAGAAUCAAUCCUAUUGCUUUCAAAAUCCUUGAACGCAUCGGCGCCCGAGCGCUCUCAGCGCACCUUCGUAAGUUCUGCGACUACCUCGUGUACGAAGUGACCAACCCGGCGGGCGGGCCGCACAUCAACAAGUGCGUCGACGCCAUCAAUGACAUCAUAUGGAAGUACAACAUCGUCACCAUCGACAGGCUAGUACUGUGCCUGGUGCUGAGGCCAAACCCUGAUGGCAACGAGAGCCAAGUGUGCCUGUACAUCAUCCAACUCCUGCUGCUCAAGGGUUCCGAGCUCAGGAACCGGGCCCAAGACUUCGUCAAGGAGAACUCUCCUGAACACUGGAAGCAGAACAACUGGUACGACAAACACCUGGCAUUCCACAGGAAGUACCCUGAGAAAUUCGCCCCCGAAGAGGCGAGCAGCGCGUACGGCGGGCCCAUACCCGUGUACCUCAGUAAUGUGUGUCUCCGGUUCAUCCCCGUGCUGGACAUAGUGGUGCACCGCCAUCUGGAGACGCCGCAGGUCAGCAAGAAUCUAGAACAGCUGCUAGAACACCUGGGCUACCUGUACAAGUUCCAUGAUCGACCGGUAACCUUCCUGUACAACACACUGCACUACUACGAGACGAAACUACGCGAUAAGCCACCACUUAAGAGGAAGCUAGUUAAUGCAGUACUGGGGUCGCUGAAGGACGUGCGGCCCGCUGGUUGGGCCACCACGGAGGCGUUUCAGGCGUACCUGGUGAAGACGGACGCGGACACCACGCCGUGGACGCCGGACCUUAACUACUACCUCAGUCUGGUUAAUAGGAUGGUUGACACAAUGACAGGCGUAUCCCACUUCCCGAAUACCGACUGGCGUUUCAACGAGUUCCCGAACCCGUCGGCGCACUCCCUUUACGUGACUUGCGUAGAGCUCAUGUCCUUACCUAUGGCACCAGACGUUGUCGGCAACAGCUUGCUCGACGUAGUCACUAAGGGCUUCGUAGUCAUACCGGCGACCAAGAUUCAACUCUGGAUCAACGCGAUAGGACUCAUAAUGGCUGCUCUGCCUGAUUCGUACUGGACUGUCAUUCAUGAUAGGAUACUGGAAGCCAUGACCCACAGCGACAUGACCGAGUGGCCGUACCAGCACUCGCCGUUCCAGCUGUUCAACUUGGCCACGACCAACGACGCCAUGCUGGAGAACAAGUACAGCCUCACGCUGGCGUUGGCCCACGCCGUGUGGUACCACGCCGGGGCCGGCCAAAUUAUGCAGGUUCCUCAGUUCGUGAAAGAGAAACUGUCCCCCGAGACCCACACAGAGACGCAGCUAGUGUUCCUGUGCCACCUGGUGGGGCCGUUCCUGCAGCGGUUCAACGCGGACAUCUCUCGCGCCGUCAUGGACAUCACCAUAGCGCUGUACGAAUUGCUCGCACACAUCGACAAGACGCAACCACAUCUACAGUACAUCGAUCCUAUAUGCGAUCUUCUCUACCACAUAAAAUACAUGUUCGUCGGCGACACACUCAAAGGCGAAGUGGAGACCGUGAUCCGCAAGCUCCGGCCCGCCCUGCAGAUGCGGCUGCGGUUCAUUACGCACCUCAACGUGGAGCAGAUCAACACCGCCUAGCAGAGCGACUAUUACAGCUAUACGCCGUCUAGCUCGAGCUCCAGCUCGGAGUAGCCGGCCGAGCU